AUGGCUUCUCUCUCUCCCCCGAGUCCUAAGCCACAGCCUCCAGAGGGAGCCAAGUCAAACCCUUCUAAACGGCACCGGGACCGCCUGAAUCAAGAGCUGAACAAACUGACCAACUUGCUGCCCUUCCCUGAGGAUGUGCGGGCCCGGCUUGACAAGCUCUCCAUCCUCAGGCUGAUCGUGGGCUACCUAAAAGUGAAGAGCUAUUUCGCAGCCAUCCUAAAGGACAGCAUUGCAGACUGCUCAGGUAACCCACCCAUGAAUCCAGGGGAAAGUGAGCCCACCUCUCCACAGGUCAAUGCAGAACUGUUUUCUGAAGGGGACUUGCUUCUUCAGGCCCUCAAUGGCUUCCUCAUGGCAGUUACAGAAGAUGGCUAUGUUUUCUACGUCUCUCCCACAGUCCAGGACUACUUGGGAUUUCAUCAAUCAGACGUCAUCUAUCAGAGUGUGUUCGAGCUGAUCCACAAGGAGGACAGAGCCAUGUUCCAGAGCCAGUUUCUCUGGCCUCGAGAUGCAGCACCUGUCAGCGGAGAGGGGACGCAGGACACCCGCUCUCUGCCUGGAGAGAACUUUCUCUCACUUAGUGGCACCCCCACGGACAGCCUGCAGCAUCAGCUCUCGGAGGACCCCUCCCAUCUGGAAAGAAGUUUUGUCUGUCGGUUCCGCUGCCUACUGGACAACUCAUCCGGGUUUCUGGAGCUGAAUUUCCACGGCCAUCUUAAAUUCCUCCCUGGGCAGAACAACAGGUCAGAAGAUGGCAUCCUCAUGUCUCCUCAACUCACCCUGUUUGCCAUUGCAACACCUCGCCAGCCACUCACCAUCCUGGAGCUCCAAAACAAAACAUUUCUUUUCCAAACAAAACACAAAUUGGAUUUCACACCUAUAGCCUGUGAUUCCAGAGGCAAAGUGGUCCUGGGCUACACCGACAGCGAGCUCUGCAGGAGAGGAUCCGGCUACCAGUUCAUCCACGCGGCAGACAUGAUGCACUGCGCCGAGAAUCACGUGCGGAUGAUGAGGACGGGCGAGAGCGGCCUCACGGUGUUCCGGCUGCUCACCAAGCAGGCCGGCUGGCUGUGGGUGCAGUCCAACGCCCGCCUGGUGUUCCGCGGCGGCCGGCCCGACUGCAUCGUCGCCCGGCAGCGGGCCCUGACGAAUGCAGAGGGGGAAGAGCACCUGCGUAAGAGAGCCCUGCAGCUGCCAUUCACCUUCACCACAGGGGAAGCCAUCCUGUAUGACAGCAGCCCCCUGAGCCCUCUGACUGCCCUCCCGGCCAGGAAGAGGAUCAGGGCGAGGAAGGGCACCCCCACUGGUCAGGGCCCCGUGCAGCCAGGCUCUCCUCGGGGAGCCAUGAUGCGGCAAGAUGAAUCCAUGUACUUGUCCAGCAUUGCCCCAACCACCCAGGGCUCACCCUGGGAGAGGAGAACGUCCAAUGACAGACAUGAGGACAAGAAAGAGAAAGAGGAGAAGGAAGACCACUCCCUCCUGGCCCUCAUUGAGACCCUGCUGGAGAAGGACACAGAAGAACAGCCUGAUCUCUGCUCCACGCUGCAGCACCUGGGGGUCACUGACCUCAACCGGUGUUCGUGGGAAGAGAGCUCUCUCAGGGCCAACUCAGGCCCUGCAGGGUCUCAGAGCUUCUGCCCACCGCCCUCCAGCCAGGGAGGGGGCUCCUACAGGGAAAAGGAAGAGCUCCUGCACAGCCCCUUGGCUAUGCAGGCCUCUUACAGCAUGGACCCCCGCUGGCCAGCUGCCAAGCAGCAGCAGUGGCUCUACUCCUGUCUCUAUGACUUCCUGGAAAGCCACUUCCUGAACAAGGAGGUGAAACUUAUCAAGAAGAUGGAGACCACCUGA